AUGUCAGACAACGAUGACGAUUUUAUGUUGGAAGAUGACGAGGAGGAUUAUAAUUUCGAUUAUGAAGAUGACGAACAAGAAGAACCAGAUGUAGAUCUAGAAAAUAAAUAUUAUAAUGCAAAAGAUAUGACUUUUAUGGAGGAAUUUUAUUCAACAACAUUAAAUGCAUUGGAAGAAGCUAAGAAUGAGAUACUUCGACAACUUCAUGCAUCUUGUCAAAAAGAUGACGGAACUGAUGAUCAACGUAAAGGAACACACUUGUUGGAAAUUUUUGCAUUGGAAAUUCAAAUGUAUACAGAAACAAAAAAUAAUAAAAAACUAAAAGCAUUAUAUCAACAAUGUCUUCAUGUUAAAUCAGCCAUUCCACAUCCACGUAUAAUGGGAGUUAUUCGUGAAUGUGGUGGUAAAAUGCAUAUGGGAGAGAAGGAAUGGUUUAAAGCUCAAACGGACUUCUUUGAAUCUUUCAAGAAUUAUGAUGAAGCUGGAAGUCCUCAACGUAUACAAGUAUUAAAAUAUUUGGUACUUGCGAAUAUGUUAAACGAGUCUCAAAUUGAUCCAUUUGAUUCUCAAGAAACAAAACCAUAUAAACAUAAAAAUGAAAUAGUCGCAAUGGUUAAUUUAGUUACUGCAUAUCAACGCAAAGAAAUUAGAGAAUUUGAAAAAAUCCUAAGAGAAAACCGUGCUACAAUUAUGGAUGAUCCUUUUAUACGUACAUACAUCGAUGACGUUCUUAAAAAUAUUCGAACACAAGUACUUCUUCGACUUAUAAAACCAUACACAAGAAUAGAAAUACCAUUUGUAUCAAAGCAACUUAAUAUACCAGCACAAGACGUUGAAGAUCUAUUGGUUGGUCUUGUUUUAGAUAAUAAAAUUGUUGGAAGAAUAGAUCAAGCAUUAUAUCAACAAUGUCUUCAUGUUAAAUCAGCCAUUCCACAUCCACGUAUAAUGGGAGUUAUUCGUGAAUGUGGUGGUAAAAUGCAUAUGGGAGAGAAGGAAUGGUUUAAAGCUCAAACGGACUUCUUUGAAUCUUUCAAGAAUUAUGAUGAAGCUGGAAGUCCUCAACGUAUACAAGUAUUAAAAUAUUUGGUACUUGCGAAUAUGUUAAACGAGUCUCAAAUUGAUCCAUUUGAUUCUCAAGAAACAAAACCAUAUAAACAUAAAAAUGAAAUAGUCGCAAUGGUUAAUUUAGUUACUGCAUAUCAACGCAAAGAAAUUAGAGAAUUUGAAAAAAUCCUAAGAGAAAACCGUGCUACAAUUAUGGAUGAUCCUUUUAUACGUACAUACAUCGAUGACGUUCUUAAAAAUAUUCGAACACAAGUACUUCUUCGACUUAUAAAACCAUACACAAGAAUAGAAAUACCAUUUGUAUCAAAGGCAUCAUAUCAACAAUGUCUUCAUGUUAAAUCAGCCAUUCCACAUCCACGUAUAAUGGGAGUUAUUCGUGAAUGUGGUGGUAAAAUGCAUAUGGGAGAGAGUGAGUAA